AUGGCUUUAAGAAAUUUCUUGGAAUGUAACUUGAUAUUAUACUUAAUCAUACUUUGGGGAUUUUCAUGGUAUUUUAUUAAGCUAUCAAAUGCUUCUUUAUUGGGAAUUAUUCCACUCGAUAAUGUGGUACAAUCUCCCAAUUCCAAUAGUUCUGAUUAUUCAAUGCCAGGACUGACUAGAACUGAUGGAUUUUCUCCAAUAAAUAAAAAGUCUUUCCCUUUAGUGGAGUUAUAUAGAGAAAUGACACAAAUUAAAAAUGAGACAUUUGGACCUAUGCAAGAAUUGUAUAUAAACAAAGUUUUAAUUCCAAAAACAGAUGCAAAAGUAGCUAAACUUAGGGCAGAAACAGAAUAUAUAGAGACUAAAAACGCUGCAAAAAGAAAAGUCUUAAGAUUAACCGAAUUUGAUGAUAAACCUCUUACUCCAUUUACUAAUACUACUAAUAAAAUAAAAUCAUGGUCAUCUUCUAGAAAGAAUAAGACUGAUGAAAACGAAGAUUUUUUUGACGGAACAUUUUACUAUUGGAAGAAUGUUAGUAAUACUUCAUAA